AGCUGAUCCACUUCAACUGAAGUGUGAGUGGCUACUGUGCAGUGUGUGUCAGCCUGCCAUACUGCCUAGUCAAUAGCUGUCAUUGUAUUAUCAUUUAGGGCAAUGCAAAUUCAUAUAGUAAAAUAUUUCUCUGCUUAUUUGAUAUAAAAUUCAAAGUUAAAUUUUUCAAAAUGAUGCAAGAUAUACAUGAAGGUGCCAAGCCUUUAAAUUCAAACAUUUUAGCACCACUAGCUUCAGAAAACAAUUGCCAGUCACCAUUAACCACCACCAUAGCAGAGGCAAUGCAGGGCAAUGGACCAGAGAAACCCAUCUGUGAUGUGGUUGCUGCUGACAAUGACAGCGGCAGCAGCAGUCCUGAGCCGCCUGAGCCGUGGUCUCCUCGCUACACAGUCUCCUUCAGCAACAAAGUUACCAAAGAUGGCUCAGCUGUCACUUUCACUAUUAUUGUUGGACAAGGAGGACUAACAAUACAAGUUUUGGAGCGUGUAUAUGAAGACUUUGUAUACCUGGAACACUGUGUCACCACAGACCAGCCUUGUGAGGGCAUCAUUGUACCUCCCUUGCCUCCUCCUCCCACUACUGAUGCAGCUCUUGCUGAGACUGCCAGUAAGAAACAGAUGGGCAAGGGCUCGCGGACGUUGUUGGGUGACAACUUCCACAAGGACAGACUGCAGCUGCAGAAAUAUCUUGAGCUGCUUCUUGCCCACCCCAUCCUGGGCCGCAGUAACAGACUUGAGAGCUUCCUCACUGUCAAGGAGGCACCACCGAGAGCAAAGCUGCGUAAAGGUUUGCUGUCACGCCUCACGGAAUCCAUGGAGGGCCGGCGCCCUGUGGUGCCGGACUGCGAGGAGUUCUUCCAACGCGAGCGCGCCUGGCUCACGCGCAGCCUGCCCGCCAUGGAGCAGUUUGAUGCCGCCUUCCACGCUUACCUCCACGCCAACCAGAGACUGCUGCUGUCACUGGACCAGGUUAGCACAGCCCUGCGUUUGUGUGCUGGUGCCAGCAAUGCUAAGCAGCGCUCGCCGGACGCCGCCCUGCUCACCCACCUCACCUCCAUCUUCGUACACACCAUCGACAACUGCAGGGGUGAGAGCUAG